AUGAGCGAACAGAUCUGUCAACCAUCGAAGUUUGUGGCCUCCCUAGAUGAGGUCGACGAUGCAUAUGGUGAUCUGCAACUUCACACAGGGAUACGAUGGAUGAGCCGCGGUAAAUGCCUGGAGAGGUUUUUUUCAUUGCGCACAUAGAUCUCUCUGUUUUUGGAGGGGAGCAUCAGUGUGGAUACGAGUGGUUAUUGUGAAAAAUUGAGGGAUAUCAGCUUUCUCUCUGCUCUGACCUUUCUCAAUGACAUAACCCAGCAUCUGAAUGUCUUGAGUCUGAAGAUGCAAGAAUGAGAUGUUUUUACGCCAAUGUGAAUGGGUUUCAGCGCAAACUCGAGCUGUUCAAAGACCACCUGUCAUUAGAUCUGCCAAAUCCGGCCCACUUUCCCACAUGUACCCUGACAUCUCUGAAUGCGAGAACACCAUCCCCUUCAACAGGUACACAGAUGACAUCAAAACAUUACAGGAGCAAUUCAAAGAUCGCUUUCAAGACUUCCACGAUAUGCAGCCUCGUAUCCAUCUGUUCACUGAACCAAUCUCCUCCGUUGGGAAUGAACAGCCCGCCGACUUGCAAAUGGAGCUUUGCGAGUUGCAGGCCAACCCCUUCAAUCAAAAUGGAACGAGAGGGGGAUUGAGUUUUGGAAACUGUUGCCCGAGUCCAGUUUCCCACACUUGA